UGUGUGUGUGUGUGUGUGUGUGUGUGUGUGUGUGUGUGUGUGUGUGUGUGUGUGUGUGUGUGUGUGUGUGGUACCGCGAGCGGCGGAGGAGCUGGUUACACCCGACAACAAGCGAGUGGUGUAUCUCACUAACGGACGACAUUUUCAAAAAAGACGAGCGACACACACCGUCCGCGCGCGUCGACGUCCUACUCGGAGACUCACUGGAGGAUUUCUCCCUCAUUUACCGGAUGUAAUGUUCUUCUGAAGUUGCCUGCCGUCGACAACUCGUCCCGGCCGAAGCGGCUCCCGACACUCGACCGGACGGACGGAGGAGGAGGAACGCGCUCCGCCGCGGGUCACCGGGGAUUGUGAAGAGGCGAAGAAGAAGAAGAAGAAGAAGAAGAAGAAGUGUAUGAAAAAAACCACCAAACGGUGACGGACAUUUUUCCUGUUUCCUUCGCUCCGCGGUGGCGGUUACGGGUCCGGGAUAUUAAGCCUCGUGUCUGGAUACUAUUUCUUUUUGUUCUACCUGCGCGGAGGGAACGAGGAGGAAUCGGUCGAGACAAAGGUACAAAGGAAAAAGGGCCGGCGACGAGGUGACAUCCAGCCGGUCGGGGUCCGAGGGUGCGCCUCGAAGCCGAGGACAGGGCUUUGUCCGCCGCCAUCGUGCGCAUCCGGGGGAGGGGGUGGCGGUGAUUUACCGCACCUUCGGCGGGACGACGGAGCGAGACACCGCACGGACUCCCUCGUGUGUCGGGCUCGACAUGUAUCCACAAGGCCGGCAUCCGGCACCUCAUCAGCCAGGGCAGCCUGGCUUCAAGUUCACCGUAGCAGAGUCCUGCGACAGGAUCAAAGACGAGUUUCAGUUCCUGCAGGCCCAGUACCACAGCCUUAAAGUGGAGUACGAUAAACUGGCCAAUGAAAAGACAGAGAUGCAGCGUCACUACGUCAUGUACUAUGAGAUGUCGUAUGGGCUCAACAUUGAGAUGCACAAACAGACUGAGAUUGCCAAACGUCUCAAUGCAAUUCUGGCUCAGAUCAUGCCUUUCUUGUCACAAGAGCAUCAACAGCAGGUGGCUCAGGCUGUUGAACGGGCCAAGCAGGUGACAAUGACUGAGCUGAAUGCGAUCAUCGGGGUACGUGGACUUCCCAAUCUGCCUCUCACUCAGCAGCAGCAGCAGCAGCCUCCUCAUAGCAUCUAUCCAUCCUUCAUGCAGCAGCAGCUUCAGGCUCAGCACCUCUCUCACGCGGCCCACGGCCCCCCGGUCCAGCUGCCCCCACACCCCUCAGGCCUGCAGCCUCCUGGCAUCCCCCCUGUGACAGGUGCUGGCUCCGGCCUGCUGGCCCUGGGAGCUCUUGGCAGCCAGGCCCACCUGCCUGUAAAGGAUGAGAAGAACCACCAUGACCUGGAGCACAGAGGACCCUCAUCUUUUCACUCGCCUCUGGUCAUUCCUCUGAAAGAACGCGAGUCGAGCACGAAUAACUCGGUGUCGCCAUCAGACAGCCUCCGGGCAGCGAGCGAGAAGCACCGCAGCUCUUCAGAUUAUGGUCUCGACUCCAAGAAACGCAAAGUGGACGACAAGGACCGAUACGACAGUGACGGAGACAAAAGCGACGACCUGGUGGUGGACGUUUCCAACGAGGACCCAGCCACCCCUCGUGUCAGCCCAGCUCACUCUCCUCCAGAAAACGGACUCGAUAAAUCACGGGUUCUGAAGAAGGAUGCCGCCCCCAACAGCCCCGCCUCUGUCGCCUCCUCCGGCAGCACGCCGUCCUCCAAAGCAAAGGACCACACCCAUAACGACAAGUCGUCCACGCCGAGCCUGAAGUCCAACACGCCUACACCGAGGAAUGAGGCACCGACACCAGGAACCAGCACCACUCCAGGAUUACGGCCUCUGACGAUGGGAAAACCACCCGGCAUGGAGGCGUUAGCUGCUCCCGCCCUGCGAACACCGCUGUCCAUCGCUGGUUCCUACGCCACCCCGUUUGCCAUGAUGAGUCACCAUGAGAUGAAUGGAUCCCUGACCAGCCCCGGUGUUUACCCAGGUCUCAUCUCACCACAGAUGAGCGCUGCAGCUGCCGCCGCCUAUGGACGCUCGCCAAUUGCGGGGUUCGACCCUCAUUCUCACCUGAGAGCUCCAGGCCUGCCAUCUAGCCUCACUUCCAUUUCUGGAGGAAAACCAGCUUAUUCUUUUCACGUGAGUGCAGAUGGUCAGAUGCAGCCCGUGCCCUUCCCUCCAGAUGCGCUGGUAGGCCCCGGCAUCCCGCGCCACGCUCGCCAGAUCAACACACUGAGCCACGGGGAGGUGGUGUGUGCCGUCACCAUCAGCAACCCCACACGUCACGUCUACACCGGCGGCAAGGGCUGUGUCAAAAUCUGGGACAUCAGCCAACCAGGCAGCAAGAGCCCAGUGUCCCAACUCGACUGCCUGAACAGAGACAAUUACAUCCGCUCGUGCAAGCUGCUGCCUGACGGCCGCACCCUGAUCGUGGGUGGCGAGGCCAGCACGCUGACCAUCUGGGACCUGGCCUCGCAGACGCCCCGCAUUAAGGCCGAACUCACUUCCUCUGCUCCGGCCUGUUAUGCACUGGCCAUCAGCCCUGAUGCCAAGGUCUGCUUUUCCUGCUGCUCAGAUGGAAACAUCGCAGUGUGGGACCUCCACAACCAAACCCUCGUAAGGCAGUUCCAGGGCCACACUGACGGAGCCAGCUGUAUCGAUAUCUCCCAUGAUGGGACCAAACUGUGGACUGGAGGGCUCGACAACACCGUCCGCUCCUGGGAUCUGAGGGAGGGACGACAGCUCCAGCAACACGACUUUACCUCACAGAUAUUCUCGCUGGGCUACUGUCCCACCGGAGAAUGGCUGGCUGUCGGCAUGGAGAGCAGCAACGUGGAGGUGCUUCAUCACACCAAGCCCGACAAGUAUCAGCUGCACCUGCACGAGAGCUGCGUCCUCUCACUCAAGUUCGCCUACUGUGGUAAAUGGUUUGUGAGCACAGGGAAGGACAAUCUGCUGAACGCAUGGAGGACUCCGUAUGGAGCCAGCAUAUUCCAGUCGAAGGAGUCGUCCUCCGUUCUGAGCUGCGACAUCUCCGCAGAUGACAAAUACAUCGUGACGGGAUCCGGAGACAAGAAGGCAACAGUGUACGAGGUCAUCUACUGAAGAGGAAGCAGUCUGCUGCUCUGCCUCAGCACUUCUACUGAGACGACUUUUACUUUGACACCCGGACCACCGACAGCAGGCCGAGACCAACUGAGGAACUUAACUGGUGGAAAUCCAUGGAUCUGUUUCCUAAGGAUGCUUAUGCUGGAAAGAAGCUAACUUUUUUUUGUCCUUUUUUGGAGGUUUAUUUUUGGGUUGCCCUUUUUUUCCUGCUUUUUCCAGGUUCUCCUCUUGUGAGAAUAUUUGGGUGCAACCUGUUGAAGCAGUGCUUCGUUUUUUGAGAACCUUCCCUAGACAUCUUGUGAAAAGUGUAAAUAUUGGAUUAAAAUAAAAGACAUUUUAUAUAUAUUAUAAGAAUAUAUAUUUUCAUGUCCUGGGUGUACUUGUGAUGGAUUUUUUUGGCCCUCUCUCUCUCUUGCCAUGGUAUUUGAGCAGGAGAGCAGAACAUCCACUAGAUUAGAACUUUUUAACAAUGUUAACUAUUUGAUUUUCUUAAAGCACAUUCUCUGGGCCGACCUUUUCACAAAUCAAACAAAGGGACAUGAAAAACCUUUAAACCGGGACAUUUUGUGGAGAUUUUCAAAAUGGCCUUUUGUCACUUCAUAAUCUCUCAACAUGGAGCCCUCCGACUCAGGCAGAGCCUCGGCUGGUUCGGACCACUGUGGGACUGAGUGGGACACUGAUUCAGGAAAAGAGAUGGAUGUAAAUUUAAUUCAUAUAUAUAAAGACCUUUUUUUAAAGUGUACUGCUCCGUCUGUGCUAUCUCUCUCUGUUUUACCUUGUUCGAUUAUUGGAGCUGGGAAACGUUUAAUGUUUAGCCUAACCCUUGGACCUCAGUUGGCAGCAGAUGCACUGCCACAGGCACAAACUGAAUGACUGUGCUUUUUUGCUAACUUGACGUAACACGGAUGUUGAAUUGCACCAUUGAUUUCUUGGCUACAGAUUAAACUCACACAGUCCAAUCUGCAAUAUUGGAUACCUCCUGCCCUUGGUAUCUUAUCAAUAUUCCUGGAAUAUAUUUGGUCGGCCGGGGCGGGGAGGUCGAGUGACAUUUGUCCCGAUUGAACGCAGAGAUCAGUGUGUCUUUAUAAAAUGUUCAGUGCCUGUAAAUGCUCCUGCGGAAGGAGGGAACGGCACGCGAUGAAAAUUCAGGACGAGUUAGUGUCUCCAGUGCUGACGUUAAGACGACAGUGAGUAACUCUGGUUUCUACACUCUGCUCCUGAUCCUGUCAGCAUUUCCCACAAGACAACAAAAGGGGGAGAAAUGCGCUAAUCCCUCUGAAUCACACCAAAGUAUGUAGCAAAUGCUGUCAGCACUGAAAAGAAAUGUACAGUUGUUCAUAAAUAAAUAAAACUGUUUUUGUA